AGUUUCUCAUUGCAGGGUGAGAGCUCUGAGUUCCGGUGUAAGAGAAAAGAGACGUGGCGAAAUUGCUGUAUAUCUCUGCCCUAUAAGCACAUCUCUUAUUUAGACUGAAGGAAAACAAGGCAUCAAAAAGGCUGCGCAAACCAUGCAGGAUGAUUUACUGAUGGACAAAAGCAAAGCCCAGCCCCAGCAGCAGCGGCAGCAGCAGCAAGAUCCAAACUCAGCAGAAGCCCCCUCUACACCCAUCUCAUCGGAGACACCCAAACCAGAAGACAACAGUUCAGUGACUAGUAUCGGCACAUCAGCUCCUUCCCAAAAUAGCAAGGAGAAGAUGCAGAUGGAGUCUCCCAUUUUGCCUGGCUUGAGCUUUCACCAGCCUCAACAAGAACCUGCAGCCGGCACCUCCUUAUCUCCCUCCUUCGGCAGCACCUGGUCUACAGGGACCACAAACACGGUGGAUGAUAGCUUUUUCCAAGGGAUUACUCCAGUCAAUGGGACAAUGCUUUUCCAGAAUUUUCCACACCAUGUCAACCCUGUAUUUGGUGGCACUUUCUCGCCUCAAAUUGGCCUAGCUCAGACUCAACACCACCAACAUCAGCAGCAGCAGCAGCAAGCUCAGCAGCAGCAGCAGCAGCGGAGGUCACCUGUAAGCCCUAAUCAGGCACCUUUUGCCCAGAGAAAUGCUGCUUACAGCCAUCAGCCCAUCAUGACCAGCAAACCAUCUUCCUCCUCUGCCUCCUCUUCUUCGUCCUCCAGCUGGAAUAACCAUCAGAAUGCAGCUUGGAGUACACCUUCCAACCCUUGGGGUGGGCUGCAGGCUGGUAGGGACCCUCGAAGGGCAGUUGGAGUGGGGGUCGGCGUGGGAGUGGGGGUUGGCGUACCCUCCCCCCUCAAUCCCAUUUCACCCCUUAAAAAACCAUUCUCCAGCAAUGUCAUUGCCCCUCCGAAGUUCCCACGGGCUGCACCCUUAACCCCCAAAUCCUGGAUGGAAGACAACGCAUUCAGGACGGACAAUGGCAACAAUCUGUUGCCUUUUCAGGACCGGAAUAGGCCCUAUGACACUUUUAACUUGCACUCUUUGGAAAAUUCCUUAAUGGAUAUGAUAAGGACUGAUCAUGAGCCUCUGAAAGGGCGUAUGGGAAUAAACUUCCAUCAUCCAGGAACAGACAAUAUUAUGGCUCUUAAUAGUAAGUAG